GGUCCACAUUCCAUCUUCUUCUCAAACCACCUGCAAACCUGUUGAAAAGAAUCAAGGAAGGAAUCUUCAGACAACAAGGUUGCUCACAUAAGUUAAAUUACCAAAGGCAUAAAAAGCAUAUUUACAAGUGGGUCGAUCAUCUAUGAGAAUUCAUAGACAGUAGCAACUGCACAGAAACUGAUAUCUCAAAGUGAAACACAGCUGCAGAACUCUACCAACAGGUUUGUGGGAAAAGAAAAGAACUGACAAAUCUAGAGGCAUUGGAAUCUAGGAUCCAAUCAUGAGUAAUGGAGCAUGGGUGGGAACAUGGAGGCCUCAUCGUCCAAGAGGCCCAAUCAUGGCCCAGUAUACAGGUCCUGGGCCAAAGUACUACGUACAAGGAGCAACAGGUUAUGUAUCACACAUCCCAACCAAAAGGAAAGCCCCAGCCUACAGUAUGCAUGGCUCAAGGCCUUCCCUCAGCAAAGACUGCUCUCCAGGUCCCUAUUAUGUGCAGAGCUCUAUGACAAAUAGGGGGAGGAAGUCAGCUCCAGCUUAUUCAAUGGGUAGCCGGCCCAGAGUGAAAGUGGAGGUUACCCCAGGUCCAGGCGAUUAUUCACCAGAGAAGUCUCACAAAAUUAUCUAUAAAUCUGCACCUGUACAUUCUCUAUCAUUUAGAACUCAUGGUGCUAAAGUAGACAGCACACCAGGCCCUAACACUUACGUGAUCCCAGAGGUGUUUGGACCACAUGCUGUGGGCAAAUCUUCAAGCCCUUCUUAUUCCAUGGCAAGAAAGAGUAUGCUUGGGUGCUUUCAUGAAGACCUUCAUAAGGUAUCGCUGGUCAGAUCUUGUGCUCCAGUUGUCAGUUUUGGAAUCAAGCACUCUGAUUAUACAACACCUCUGAUUGUGGAUGUCUGCUGAAGUUGUCCUCUGCCACAGAACCUCGACUGAGUUUUUUUCUACUGCAGUUUCAAUAUCAUGUUCCUCCGUGUUUUAAAGCUGCUUGCUUUCAACGCUUCUAAACUAACUAGCAGCUCUUGGCUUGUAUGUUUUCAAAACAAAUACCAGCA